AUGGCAAACAAAGAUCCCAACUGGAAAGAGGCUAUGGUGGUUGAGAUAAAGGCCUUAGAACUCAAUCGUACUCGGAGUAUCACUGAUUUGCCUCCAGGAAAGAAAUCAAUUGGGUGCAAAUGGGUAUACAAAAUUAAGCGCCGCUCUGACAGCCAUCGCUCUUUUGAAGACAUACCUUCAUUCUCAGUUUCAAAUCAAGGAUCUUGGCCAGUGAAGUAUUUUCUUGGCAUCGAGGUCGCUCGUGCCAAGCAAGGGAUCCAUCUUUCUCAAUGCAAAUAUGCUCUGGACAUCCUCACUGAUGUUGGAUUACUCGGGGGCAAGCCAUGUAAUUUCCUUAUGGAUACUACCAUUAAGCUCACCCCAGAUGAUGGAACUCUUCUUGAAGACCAGGCUUCUAAUCGUCGGUUAAUUGGUCGUCUAUUGUACUUAACGAUAACCCGACCUGAUAUUACUAGGUCAAUGUCCUCAGUCAGUUCAUGA